GGCGCGGGGGGCGCGGGCGGCGGCGGCGGGGGGCGGAGACGCGGCGCGGCUUCCGCUCCCGCGCGCCCAGCUCCCUCCUCCCCGUCGUCCUGGUCCGCGGCGCCCGAGGGGGGAGGCGGAGGCGCCGGGAGCCGCGCGAGGAGCCGCCGCCGCCGCGCCAUGGAGCCGGAGUGAGCGCGGCGCGGGCCCGUCCGGCCGCCGGACAACAUGGAGGCAGCGCCGCCCGGGCCGCCGUGGCCGCUGCUGUUGCUGCUGCUGGCGCUGUGCGGCUACCCGGCCCCCGCCGCGGCCUCGCCCCUCCUGCUAUUUGCCAACCGCCGGGACGUACGGCUGGUGGACGCUGGCGGAGUCAAGCUGGAGUCCACCAUUGUGGUCAGUGGCCUGGAAGAUGCGGCCGCAGUGGACUUCCAGUUCUCCAAGGGAGCCGUGUACUGGACAGAUGUGAGCGAGGAGGCCAUCAAGCAGACCUACCUGAACCAGACGGGGGCCGCCGUGCAGAAUGUGGUCAUCUCCGGCCUGGUCUCGCCCGACGGCCUUGCCUGCGACUGGGUGGGCGAGAAGCUGUACUGGACGGACUCAGAGACCAACCGUAUCGAGGUGGCCAACCUCAAUGGCACAUCCCGGAAGGUCCUCUUCUGGCAGGACCUUGACCAGCCGAGGGCCAUCGCCUUGGAUCCCGCUCACGGGCAGAAGGUGGUGGAGGCAGCCUGACACACCGCCCGCCCUGGCGCUCUCUGGG